AUGACCAUCAGUGAUCUACCUGUUCGUCAUCUCGAUUCCAGCGCCACCCAAUUCGAGCAAUUUGCUGAUGCUAUCAUGCAUCACCCACUCGAGGUCACCGUCACCAUAUUUGACAACCUCUACAAGUUUUGCUGCGAGAACAAAUAUUCCAAUCUCCCUGAGCCCUUCAAUUUGAAGAAAGAGCCCUCCGAGGGCUACAAGUUCAUCCGCGAGUUUGGUCCCAAGGCCAAUAACCGCAAUCAGUUCAUGGAAUGGACUGAUAAGCAGAUCAACACCCGUGGUGGCAAAAUUGAGGCUUGGUCCGAGGGUAAGGUAAAGGAAGCGCUCCACAAUCAUAUGCGUGGUAAACUAAACGCGAAGACGAUCGAGCACUGGCCGUUUACCUUAAAGUCAUUCACACCCUGGUUCUUGGACAACGUUCUGAGCAAGAUGCUUCUAUCGCUGCGACAACAUGCUAUCACAUGGAUAGGACGAACCCGUACAGGCAAGUCCUUGGGCUCAAAGACUGUCCUGUUCACGCAAUCCAAGUACGAGAUUGACCUGGCAGACAGCACAGACUUGGUUCCCUCCAUCCUUACAGCGAAACACGUGGACUUCUUUAAAGCGGAACCCCUCACCAGAUUUAAACCAGGUGUCUUCGAUGACGGCAUGCUGCAAAGGAUGGACGCAUCCUUCCUCAAGGCGUAUUCAUCGGCACACUUCGAGCAAGGUGCGGGCCGCCAUGCCUGCAACAACCCAUAUGACCGCAGCGUGGAUAAGGAAGCUUUCGCCAACAUGAACACGACCAAGUGCCGGCAUAUCUCUCAUGAGGAUUUCAUCAAAUUGAUCACUCCCUCCUUCAGUGCCGUGGACGAAGCAGAAGACCUCGAUGCCAUUUUAGCACGCACCCAUUUCAUUGUCCUUUCAGACAGUGGCGUGUAA